GUAACAAAAAGAAUUUGGGUCUAAAAGUGUGUGUUUGUGGUGUGCAGAAAUUGCGGCAGGAGGCCGUGUCGCGAAUUAUUGCAAACUGUGAAGUCAAUUGGGGGGUUUAAUUUGGUUUUAUUUUUUCUGGGGAAGAGAAACUGCGGUAUCCAGUCCGUGGCGCAGUUUGAAUAAUUCGUGAGGCAAAUGUGGCGCGAUCUGACGAUUGUGAGCCUAAUUGUCCUAGUUUUGUGAGGUGUGAGCGGACGGCACCCGCUCUUGGUGCUGACUGGGGCGUUCUCCUGGAUCAGCAGAGGAGGAAGUGUCCCGCAGUGAGUUGUGAAGGGGACUGCGAGAAGCAGGUGUGUGAUAGCCAGCCUCAGGGGGCGGACUCAUUUGUGGGACGGAGGAGGAGUACCAAGGAGGAGCUCGGAGGGUUCCGAGGAAUACUACAGCGGCAUCUGGUGGUAAGUAAAGGGAAUUUCAGGUGAGUAAAAUCAUGGCUGAACAAGAGGAGAUUAUUAGAGAAGGAGUGAGGAGUCCAACGGAGGGAGAAAUGCAAUGGAAAACUGUUGAGAAGCAAAAAGAGAAAUUAGGGGAAGCAUUGAAGAUCACCAUGACAGGACACCUAACAGUUUUGUUGGAAGCGGCCAAGGCAUCUGAGGAGAAGGAGGAGAAACUCAGGAAAGAGUUGGAUGGAGCAAAUAUCUUGGAGAAGAGGGGAGUUAAGGACCGAAUAAAAGAGGAGGAGGAGAAACGAGCCAGGCUGGCUGCAUGGGGAAUCAGCUGCCAAGGAUUGGAGCACUGGAUGAGGGAACCUGUGGAAGAGGAAGCGCAGGUGCCUGUGAACUUGAUGGGGCGAGACCUGCUCAUCAAACUGGGAGCUGUGAUCAUGUGUGGGCCUGAUGGUUUAACAGUGACUCUGAAGGAUGGCACACAGCUUCCAUGUGUGGCCACAGGUACGAGAGGACAGUGGCUGCUGUCUGAGGACAUUGAUCGUACAGCAGAAAUCUACUGGGCCCGGCUGACGACCUCUAACGGCAUCCUGGCACACUUCCAACUCUGGCGGCCCUGGAUCAUGGCCCUGGACGUGUAUGCUCCACCCAUUGACCCAUACCACUACCGACAUUCACCGCAGGCAGAGGAAGGCAUUGCAGAGACUAUUGAAGGGCUGUUAAGGUGGGGUGUUGGAGCCUUCCACGUCUCAAUGGAACACGCCUAUUUUGCCAGUGGAAAAGCAUGGCACAGGGGUCAACAGUUAAGGUAUACUCGGUUGCCACAGGGAUUUGCUCUGUCACCGGGGAUUUUUAACCAGGUGUUGAAGCAGACGUUGGAACCAUGUGUGAUGCCGGCUGGCUGCACUCUGGUUCAAUAUGUUGAUGACCUCCUGAUUGCCGCUCCCACGGCAGACGCUUGCUUUCAGGCCACCAUGACCGUGCUCAGGAGACUGGCAGAGGCGGGCUUUAAAUUUUACAUCACAGGUGACUGCGGGCCAAGGACAGGAGCAGACGGUGCCAGAGGCGAAGUGGGUGUGGCUGAAGUUACAAACGGAAGUGGAACGAGCCCAGGUGGACAGGUCCAUUGA